AUGAUAAUGGCGGUGGUGAUGAUGCUUAUUAUGAUGACGUCGAUUUUGAUAGCGGCUGGCGGUAAUAACAAGGAUGAGGGUGCCAGAGAUUAUAAUGAUGGUGAUGGUACUCUCAAUGAGGAGGAGGAGGAGGAGGAAGAUGGUAGUAGUUGUGGUAUUUGUAAUAAUAGUGAUGAUGAUGACGAUUAUUUAAACCCUAUUAAGGAGCUGAAAUCUGAGUGCCGUGGUGGUGAAAAAAAAGAUCUUGGGGUCCAGAGUGGCAGCUUAGGCGUGUUUCGAUUACCUGGUAUUCGCCGACUAGUACAAGCUAACAUCAGUCAGUCUGGUCUGGCAUUUGUGCCACCCACCCGCCCACAACUGAAGGUGUCAAGGAGAGAGUUGAUGCUAGCUAGGUAG